UGCGCAUAUAUAUCGACAACAAAUUCGCCCAGCCGCGAUGGAGUGACACGUUGUAUUAUCUAGUUGUAUAUAGUGAGCUCAAAAUAAUAAUAAAUAUGAGGGAUAUAGAAAAAACUCUAAGUGCGUUUUAAUAUGUGUAAAUUAAGUUAAGAGCGUCCUUGAUACAAACAAAGGAUACAAUAUGGCUGAGAGUAUCGAGACAAGACACGAGAACUGGCUGAGAGUAGUCUGGGGACUCCUGUACGUGAGAAAAGGACUUCAGGGAUACGCUGAUACAAAAGGAAAGCAACAGUACCAAACUUUUAUAAGCAGUGUAAAUGCAAAGUGUAAUAACCAAACAUGUGAUCAAUGUCAAAUCAACAGUAAAUGCCAAAAUGGCAAGACUAAAGUGACAGGAAAAUCCAAAUUCAGGCCAGCCCAUUUCUGUGAUGCAAUGUACAAAGAAAUACAAAGUAAUCAUGCUAGAAACAAUCCAUUCUGGAUGAAUACAGAUUCUACAAAGUGGCAGGAUCAACACGUCGGUUACUGGGAGGUGGCCAAGUGUUAUCUUAGUUCAGCUGGCUACUUUGACAAAAUGGGGGCGGGUCAGAUAGAUGCUUCAGGACUGUUAAGCAUCUGUAUAAACAGUUCGUUUAUCAAACAACACAUUACAAAUAUUCAGCGAUUUGAAGAGGUGCGAGACAUAAGGAACAAGACCCUGCAUGACGCCCACUAUGAGCUGGAUGGACAGACAGCAGACGACUGCCUGGACAAGAUGAUUACUGUUCUUCAGGACCCACAAGAACUCAUACAUGAUACAUUUGCUCAGCAAGCUGCUCAUGCCAUAAGAAAUAUCAAAGCCAAAAUUGAAAAGACGCCGGCCAUUAUGACCGAGACCUUACAAAAAUGGCUUCAGACAAACUUUGACGUCGACAAACAUCUCAAAGAGAUCGAGGGCCUGAUGUAUGAUAGAAUACGAAAGGAACUUAAAGGAUUUAUAGUCGAUGAAGUCAAACGUGAGGUGAAACACAGUUUGAAUGACAGAGGUAACAACAAAAGGAAACACAACAUGGAGGAUCUUCGACAACGGCUUGCCAAGUACUACCAGAAACUACUCAACAGCGCGCCAAUAUCUCCCCUGUUGUCGGACAAGAACGAGAGACUGGACAAGUUUUAUGUCCCUCCAAAGAUCGUGGAGAAAGACCCGCGUAAAGUAGGUGCGGUUGAAAAAGAGAAAGGAACACCCGUGACGGCUUACAGGCAAUUGUUCUGUAAAAGGGGUGGUUUUAGGAAAAACAUGUUCAUGGUUGGCGAGGCCGGGAUUGGAAAGUCCACCUGUGCCGCAAUGUGUGCAUUGAAAUGGGCCAAUCAGUUCUCAUUAACGAAUACUUUUAACGAACCUGACAAAGAUCCUUUACCUCAAAACUCAUUUAUGUCUUUUGAGUUUAAAAUGAGGUUGAAAUUUAACAGCGAUCUUAAACAUAUUUUCAAUCCUGAUACAAAGCAGGAAGACCAAUUCAAAGAUGAAACUUUCUAUAAAGACAUUGACGUUUUAUUUCACAUUACUCUUAGAGAUAGCUGCGACCUCUGUGACCUCACAGACAUGAUACGAGAUCAGCUUAUCAACAGAAUUUACCCACAGGAUCAGAGGGACACUGCAUACCUGACUAUGCAAAGUGUCCUGUCCAAUAACAAGUGCGUGAUCAUAGCCGAUGGCCUGGAUGAAUGGACUCAUCCAAAUGAUACUAAAUGCAGCUGUCCAAAAGAAGAAAAAGUGAUCCCUUACUUGGAUACUACCCUAGAUGCAACAGUGUUGAUUACUUCACGACCUUGGAGAAUGUCACAACAACGCGUUAAAGACACGAAAAUAGACACGUAUCUGGAGAUAGAGGGAACUUCAGAUACUGGUUUACUGAUUCGGAGAGUAUUGAAAAGUCUUAACGAAACAGUUACAGUAAAAAAAACAUUGUUAGAUUUCGUCAAGUUUGUUGAUAGAAUGAAACUCACACGUAUUUUAUCGGUACCUAUUAUAUCGAUGUUGCUGGUAUGCUUAUGGUUUGAGGGAAAACAUGAAUCCUGUUCUCUGUGUGACAUAUAUGCAUACACUAUUGAAAUGAUGUUAGGGCGAAAAGCUCUCCCAAUGCGUAUUGUUUCGCAGAAAAAUAUUCCUUUCCUACGCUGUUUUCAGCAAACAGAAUAUGUACAAAAGUACUACAACAUUGUAAUGGAGAUGGCAGAACUGGCUUUUACGACAUUAUAUUCGAGCGACCAAACAUCGUCCUUGGUGUUUAAGAAAGUUGACAAUUUGAAGCACGAUACUCUCCUGUUUGUGCUGAAGUCGGGAAUCUUGCAAGAAUCAAAAUCAGCGUCUUUGAUUAGAAAAUCAUCGAGUUACUCGUUCAUCCACAAAACUGUUCAAGAAUUCCUUGCUGCAAUAUACAUGUCAAACCACCCAAAAGAGUUUGAAAGAGUACUUCCACUUUUUUAUGAGAAGAACAAUAAAAUGUCGGAUAUUUCACAGGUUUUUAUUUUCAUGUGCGGUCUGAACAUUAAGUUAGCAAAUAAGAUGUCUGUCAUGAUAUCGAAUAACAUAUCCAAUAGUGAAAAGUUUUACUUGGCCUGUUUCAUCCAGAAAACCAUUGUGUCGGGUUAUAAGGAGGCUAAAGCCAGUAAAGUAUUAAAUAUUAAGUUGUCACUCUCCAGCUUUGAUCUAAGGUAUUGUAGCGACACCAAAAUAGUGAAUGAAUUGCUAUCAAUGAACAAGUCCAAGAUAUGUAGUAUCAAGGUCUCAUCCGAUAUAAGCCAGGCGAAACUCCAGGAAGUAUUCAGUAGCUCCACAGACACUCUUACCUGUGUUUCAAUACAUGACGUGGCUGGACAGUAUAACCUUUCCGCGUGCAACAAUCUCAAAGGCUUAACGAUAUUUGGAUCUAAAACCACUGAUAUUGAGGUCAAUACAAAUAAUUUAGAGUCAUUGCAUGUAUAUGAUGUUUCGAAAACUGUUGAAUGCAGUAUAAUGCGGUCAUUAAAAUAUCGAUCAGUGAAUUUGAAAUCUUUAUAUAUAGACACCACUACAAACGUAAGUCUAUUCUGUCAGACCCUUCCUCUGCUGACUAAGUUAGAAGAAUUGCGCCUAGGAAGCCGUUUUAAAACGAAUAUGUCACGACGGAUCCAAGGCUUGAACGUGUCCAGUUUAGACCUCGGUGAUCACGUUCUUCUCCUACCAGCCCUCCUCCACACCGUUGAACUAGUUAAUGUGACAAUGACAGGGCGUUCCUUGAGGGGGCUGGUGGAGAGCCAGACAAACAGCCCUCAUUCUGUGUGUUUUGUACUACGAAGGUGUACUGUGAAGCCGAAAACAGAGUAUGAAGAGAUUAAACGAUAUUUACAGACGAGUGAAUAUUUUUUUUUUACAAUCGAGAACGAUUUGUUGAGCUUUGAAGUAAAGGAUAAAGAAGUAGCAUUGGUAUGAGUUAGGACUGACCAUAUUAACCAUUACUUAAUAACUUUGACACAAAACGUUAUGAAACUUAUUAUGUGAAUGCUUUACUAUUGUUUGGUAUUUCAUUCAUUUAAAAUGUAACCAUGAUCACUCACAGCUGCUAAUGAAUAUAAGGCUCAGCCUACUGUUUUACCGUUAUCCUUAUUACUUAGGCAGGCCUUUGUGCAUAUCAAAGUUGUGUUUACUAUCAUGAGAUGUAUAUCGUUAUUAAAAAUAAAACAUAGAAUUAGGUUUAUAUACACUGACCACCCAGUUUUAUAACGAAUAUCAAACAAGAAUUUCUUGUUAUAUAUUUUGUUUGUAGGCGUUGCCUACACUUAAUCAAUUGCUCAGUUCACUGUUUAAUUGUAUACCAAUAUGGAAUAGACGAAUGUUGAUGUUAGGCAUCAAAGACGCGGCUGAAUGAGUUUUAUUCAAUAUUAAUAUAUAUCUAUCGAUGUUCAUGAAACAUUCUGAUUAAGUUUCAUGAAUAUAAGACCAAACAUAAUGCCUCGAGUGUGUUCCAUAUUGGACCUAGUCACCUAAUUUUUGACCCACAUGAAAAAUAUAGAUACCCAAUUGGCUCAAUAAAGUCAUGUGACAAUAUAUACAAUAGUUCACAUUCCGAAUAAAUACGGACAUAGCCGAACUAUGACGGUUUAAUAAACUUUCUAGAUCGUAGUUACUCGGACGUCUCCGGCAUGCGUAAAUUAUUAAGACUGGUACCUUGCAUUAUCACCGAUAAAAUUAAUGGUGUCGGGUCGAUUCGGCCGAGAUAUCAUUUCGACCUAGUCACCUAGUUUUUGACCCACAUGAAAAAUAUCGAUACCAAAUUGGCUCAAUAAAGUAAUGUGAAAAUAUAUACAAUUGUUAACAUUCCGAAUAAACACGGACAUAGCCGAACUAUGACGGUUUAAUCAACUUUCUAGAUCGUAGUUACUCGGUGGUCGCCGGCAUGCGUAAAUUAUUUAGACUGGUACCUUGAAUUAUCACCGAUAAAAUUAUUGGUGUCGGGUCGAUUCGGCCGAGAUAUCAUUUCGGCCUGAUCCUUUUCGGCCUACUAUUAUUCAUUUAUAUUUGUUUUAAAUCGUGUGAAUCGCUUUGAACUUUCAUUUUAUAUCAGUUAAAUUUAAAUUUUGUUCAUUUCGUUAUUGCGACUUAUAUUUGUUUGUAAAAUCUUGUGAAUUAAGCUUUGUACUUAAUAUACCAUUUUAUAUCACUUAAAUUUAAAAUAGUUAAUUAAUGUCGUGUUAAGACACUUAUAUUUGUUAUCCAAUGCAUAAAUUAAACUAUUAUUCACAACAUGCCCCUAAAUUCUCACAUGCUUAUUUACUACCACAGCGUGUAUAUAAAUCGUUUUCACAGAAAGUAAACUUCUAAAAUAACGAACUCGUAUGACCGGCGACCAGUCAAAAGAAAAACAGAGAGAAUAACUUUUUUUAAUUUUCUGUUUAAUAUUACGUUUUGGAUGUUUUACACGCAUCAGAACGGUUAUUGACGACAAAUUUUAAGUAAAGUUGAAUAAGAGUUGAUAUCAUUAACAAAUAUGUUUGUUCAUAACUGAAAUACAUCGGUAUACACUUCCCCAUUGACAAUUGCAACCAUUUAUCCCUCCAGGCCGCGUCUAUUAACAAAGCGGUCUCAUUCAAAAUGAUAUUAUGCGACAAUAUUGACAACAAGCAAGUUUUGUUUAAAAUGAUAGUUUGUGAUAAGGAUGAUAACACAAAGUGGUACUCUUUGACAAUAUUAAUAACAAAAAGGUCUUAUUCAAAUGGAACAGUGUGAAUAUAAUGAUAACAAAGCAGUCUCAUUGAGAAUGGUAUUGCGUUUCAUUAAUGCAUACAAAGCGGUAUCUAAAAUGGUAUUGCGAUACAAUAAAUAAUGAUAAUAUAGCGGUCUUAUUCCGAACUUUAUUGUUUGACAAUAAUGAUUACAAAGAGGUCAUAUUAAAUACGGGGCUUUUAAUUGCUAAAUCUCGUUGAUAUUUCCAUAGAUGUAUAUAUUUUUGUCAAGUCCGCUAACGAUGAGCUGAUUGUCAUAAUGGUGGGUCGUUAUAUGUGCAUGCAUCAGUCUGUUUUUCAGAGUUUUGGCCUUAACUCGGCCAUGCCUUGUAGAUUUUAAUAAGUUGGCACAAAAGUUCACAACGGAAAGACUGCGAGUCAGGUGCAAUUCAUAUGGCUGCAAAUAAAAUGUCAAGGUCACACUUGAUUACCAUUUGUCACACAUCAUAAUAUUUGGGCUAGUUCAGUUUAAAACAGAGCAAGGUACUGGCGAACUUUUAAAUUAAAUUACAUAUAUGUUAACUAUGAGAAGGCUAUGAGAAGCUGGCAAGACAAUGCAUCAUCAUUAUAAUAUUAUUCCUAGUACGUUCAAAUUGUUUAACUGAAAAGAUAAAACGAAGUUAAGUAUAUCGAAAUUCAGUUAAACUUAGGAUAAAAAAAAAUCUUAACUGGCUCCUUAUGUAACUCGCUGUGAUUUACCUGCAAUUUAAGACGUUUAAGGAAAUGAUUGGUUAUUGCAACAAACUGCAUACCAGUUUGAUUAUGCCCAUUUUGUUUUAGCGCGAACUUAAAGGAGCGAAAUAAGAAUGAUAAAGCUAGAGUUUUCAGGCGAUACGGGACAAGACUGCGUUGUGAGCACCAUUUGGGUACGUGAGUGCCACAAUAGUAUGGUUUUUGGCAGUUCUGAUUCGGUUAAGACAUACGGUAUGCAGAUGUCAAGUUCGUGAACACAAAUAUAGCGUAUUUCAAUUUCUAUUAGAGCUACAUCCGGUGUACACUGGGACAAACAUAUUGCCAACGGUGGACAAUACAAAUACGGACACAGGACUGAAGUAUUAAACUAUAUGCGAUUUAUAUCGAGGACACGUUGAUAAUAGUAAAUAAAGGUUUAUGUAUGAGUAGCAUCCUUGUUUGAUGAGUGUAAAGUACUUAUUUCAGACAAAUAAAUUUUUGAAUGCUUAAUUAAGAAAUUAUCAAAUAAAUUCUGUAGUUAUGUUGAUAAGCUAGCAACAGAUACAAUUGAAGAUGUACUUGGUACACCAUUGUCUUAUAAUCUUAUUACGAAUUUUUAAAAUCGUUGUAUAAUGAAUACAAUUGAAAUCAUGAAGGCGUGCAUAAUUCAAUGUCUCAGCACCUACUUGAUGUAUUGCAUAGAAACUUCCUACACUGGUUUCCAACUACCCCACCUUUCUAAGUGAUAUAAUUAGAUAAUUUUAGUAUGUAUACAUUAUAAAAAUAAUAACCCCUUAUGUUUCAACUUAGAAAUUAUUGUUUUGCAUGUAAACUUCAAUUAGUCAAUAUCUCAGCAAUUGCUUGACCUAUUGCAUUUUAACUCUAUACAAUAACUGUCAAUCAUUCAAAGUCCUUAAUUGAUCAAAUCAUAUAAUAGUCCUGCAUGUAAUGUAAAUUAUUGACCUUUUUCGACUUAGGAUUUCCAGCUAUUGUUAUUUUCAUUGCAUAAUAAACCUCUACCUAGCAUAAAAAGCAAACAAUGUAUGGUAUUAAUCAAUUUACUUACAUUUUACGGAUUGGAAAGUUGAAUUAACUUGGAUUGCAUUCGAUGAAUCUUAUAAGAAAAUAUAAAAAAUGCAUUUAUUUGUUAUUUUAACGAAUAAACAAUCACCUUAAGACAAUUGACCAUUUUUCAAUCAAACAUUUAUUUGACCAAUGACGUCAUUCUUUUGUAUGCAUUUAUAAUGCAUUGCCAAAUGAUAUUGACAAACUGCAAUAAUUGCGUUAGUAACUGUUAAAUUACAACGACAUGGUUCUGCUCAUAAUACCAUACAAUAGAAAGCAAUCGACCACAUAUUGAACAAAGUGUCUACGGAUGGCACAUUGACAUAUAGUAAGAUAACACUGUCAUAAUGUAUUCAAAAUUUAAAAAAAAAAUGUUUUGUUACAACGAAUGAACACUUUCAUCAUAACGUUUAAUCCAUUCGAUGAGAGCGAACAAGUGUCUGAAGAGUAACCGAUGUUUGCGUAACCGAUUUUGAAAAGUUAUGUUAGCAAUCGUACGAAGGAGCUAUAAGUCGUUUUCACACAAGUCACUUCUAUGCCUCAAGCAUUUCAGUUGUAAAAAACAAAGACAGCACUGCCGUAUAAAUUUUCUCCCAAAAGUAUUAUAUUCCAAGCUUUUAAACAAGCAAAUAAACAGUAAUACGUUUUAUACAUGUAAUAAAGGAUGCGUCUUCAGCAAUCAAUAUAGCAUCAUGAUAUUGUGUCACAGGCGAGAGUUGCAGUUACAUAUCUAUGCUUUCUUAUUGCACGUAUUCAUGCGCCAAUAAAACAAAUGUUUGGUAUACUUGUUGCAAAUUUAUUCACAAGAUUGAUCGACACCAGAAAUAAUCCGUUUUAUCUCAAUAUAUGUUUAGUAACACACGUGUUUAAACUGUUGUAUAUAGUUUGAGAACGAAAUUAUCCCAUUAAAUUUAUUCUAUUUUUCAUAAAACAUGGCUCCAGAUUCAGACAUGUAUUCUAUUUUAGUUUUAAGCAUUAUUUUCUGAAUGUGUAGCAUGUCUUAUGUAAUUACAAUAAGUGAAACAUUAAUAUAUCUUGAGAGCAAGUAUUAUGUUAAGCAAACAACGCGUCUUAUGUUGACUGAAAAGUAUGCAAAUGUUGACCUAUUUUUGAAAUAGUAUAAAUGAUUAUUUUGUCAUCAUAAUUAAUUGCAGAGUAUUUGUUUACAAAAAUGUUGAAUUAACUUCAUCUUUCUUACAUACUUAACUGUUAACAGUUGUUUUUGUCAAUAUUGUUUACAGUUAUUAAAAUAUAAGUUGUUGCUGAACACUAAUAAUAAAAAGUUAAAUGUUGAGGUUUUAACGAGUCCAUUCUGUAGUACCACCAUCAAGUUGUGACUGGUCAUUAAAUUUACAUUGUGGCUGGAAGUGUAGAUUUUUACAGAACAAUGCCCAGUGCAAACUGUUAUCAAUUUGACACACACUAUACACCACACUCGUGUCACUCAAUAAACACAACACUCAUGUCACUCACUCAACACCACACUCGUGCCACACACUAAACACCACACUCUUGCCACACACUAAACACCACACUCUUGCCACAUUCAGACCACCAUACUACACAGUAGAACCAUACCACACAAUAAACUCCACACUAAUACUACUUACAGUACACCAAACUUAUACCACAUAUUAUAUUGAGGUAAGUCUUGAAGAAUAACGUUGCGUUCGUUUUCUGCUUGAAAUACAAUACAAUACCUGCUUAGAUUAUAUGGAAUUAACGUACUAGUGUUUAUCAUAGUCAGGGUCUUUAUAAAUAAUUCUUAGUCUUCAUAUAUCUGAUAUGCUUCUGGUUUGCGUGCGCUUUGUAUUUGAAUGAUAAGAAUGAACGGAUGGUUUAAGAUUGAGAAAUAAACUCAAACAAGAGCUGUUUCGCUUGUUUAUGGUGUCUAAAUGCCCUGUGGGAAGUCCAACAUUUUGGUCCCGAACGCGUUAUCAAAGAAUGUGUGCUUUUUAAUACAUAUUUUUUUCUGUUGAAUUCAUCUGCUACCAAAUCUCAAUGCGCUUCGUUAAGGUAUUAGCCAUGUAAUGCAACUCGGGAAACAUCGGGUAACAUCGACAUAUAUCGCCACUCGCCGUAACAGAUCGCGACGAACAUCGGGCGUAUUCGGCCUGUACCGGAUGUUGCUAUUUUUAGAAACAGAAGGUAUUUCCCGGCUAUUCAUAGGUCAAUAAUGGAAUUUCUACAUCGUAGGAUUUGGAAACAUUGUGAUGUUUUUCUCAUGAAUAUACGUUUAAAAUAAAUAAACACUAAAAGUACACGCUGACAGUUGAUUAUGAUACAUCUAACAAUUUGAGUCAUUACAGUAAAACAUGGAUUAUAAGUGAAAUAUACGCGUAAGAGAAGAUUUUCUCUCGAAAAAACGAACUGUCAACAAUCGGCAUGGAACUGGGAUAUUCGUAUCAAAGGACCCUGAAUGUAAGUAUCCUUGAGCAGUUUUGUACGUUGAUGUGUUCAAAAAUGUUUUUUUUUUAAUUUAUCUUUGGAAUUCUUAAAUCAUUUUUAUUAGCUAAAUGUUUAGACAGCAUGUUCAUAUUUUACAUGUACUUCUGUACAUGUUACAUAUUUUUAUAUGUACUUAUGUACAUAACUUAUGUUUAAGAUAUGAUAUGAGUAUGUAAUCUUUAAAUUGAUUGUUUUAUCUUAGAAAAAUAUUAGACAUAAAAUUUUGUUUAAAAAUGAUGUGUUUUGGUACGUGACCUAUUUCUAACAUACCACAAUACAUGUACAUACCCGUUAUUUGUUUACAAAAUGCAUAUUUUCAAAAUUAACCUGUGAAAAAAGUUGUAUGUGGUUUAGGGCUUGAAGCCGCAUCUGCUAGGACACUAUUGACAUUCAUUGGCUUGGUGUAGGUCUCGUUAAAACCCCAUACUGUUGUGAAUCAUUAUCAACCAUAUGCACAACAACUACCAUCCCUUACUCUUGGCUAAAACAGAUAUUAGUGCAGAAUGUAUAAUACAUGUGCAUUUGUAUUUUACGGUGGUAGUUUCUGCUGGUUGAUAAGAAGAAGUCUAAUUUCUUCCAGGCAGGAAAAUGACUGAAUAUUACUUAGUCAACAACACUGGGUUAUGAAGAAUUCCAGCCAGCAUUAAAUACUAUGUUGGAUCCUUGAGAGCGGAUUUGACAGCCAUGUCCAUCCACAAGGCAGUCGCAUCUGAUCGAGAUGAUCACUAAACAUUCUUGAUGGGUAAAGUACCUGAAGGUGCAUGAAAACCAAAUCAGCAUUGACUCAGCAUUGAGUAGUUAUCAUCUGUGCACACACUACAAGUACAAAGCAUGGGAACAGACCAAACUUCAAAUGUUGAAGAGUGUAGAAUUAUUGUGAAAAAAACUAAUUGUUAGAAUACCAAUGACAAAAUAAAACAGAUAUACAUAAAGAAAACAACAUUAGUUGAGAACUUUCACUCUGAUAUUUUUGGAGGGGCGAGCCCACUUAGUGUUCUUGUUUCUUCACAUAUCUUAGUUUAAAAGUACACUCAUUUGUUUUAAACUCUGUAUUCUGAGUUAGUAUCAUAAGUAAAAUUCAUUUAUUUGAAAGAGUACAUUUUAUGAAUAAGUCCAAUUAAGCUUUAUAAAUUUUUACAAGAAAAAGGAUGAUUUUUAAGCAUUUUAUUAGCUAUAAAAAUGUAUGGUAACAUGACAUUAUGUAUAUUUUCUUCAAAACUGGACGGUAAACUAUCAUACAUUGUCUUUUAAAUUGUGUAAUAGACAUCAUAGAUAAUAUCUAAAAUGAUUUCAGAAGCUUGCCUUAUAGUUAACUAUUUUUUAUGAAUAUUAUAAAACUGCUAUAUAUUUUCAAACAUCGAAAAACUGCUCUUUUCCGAAGAAUCAUAAGAUCAAUCAAAAUGAUUUUUUUCCAUGUUUAUCAAUAAUAUGUUCGUUUGAACUUUAGUUUUCUGUUAACUGAAGUUUAUUUUACCAGAAACUGUUGUGUUUAUUUCAUAAUCUCUGAUAAUGCGAAAAAAAUUCAAAUAUAGACAAAAUAUUUACUUGUCGCUCUUUGUAGCCCUUGGAGUUUGGGGGUGGGUGUAAUGAAACAUAAAUAACUUUUUUAAUUCACGGUAAAAAAUCUUCAAAAUUUGGAUAAAAGUCCCAUAGUGUACCGUAAUUAUAACUAUGUUGUCGGUUAAAGCUUUUAAAAAAGUGUGUAUUACGCGGCUAAUACCUUAAAUGACCUAAAGGAAAUAGUUGAUCAUUCAAAUGUAAAAUCAUACUGGAUUUCUUAAUCAAAGGCGUGAUUUCUUGAUAGUUUUAAAUACGAACAUCGGGCAAUUAACAAUAUCACCUUCAGUUAACGCCAUUUACUAAAUGAUUAAGUACGUUAAACAUGCUAUUACCUCUUUGGUUUCAGUGCAAUCACAACACAGAUCAACGUUAUCUUAUUUUAUUAUAAGUUGUUUUACUAAUUAAAUUUGAUCUAAGGUCAAUUCGGCAUACCAGGUUUUGGAAUGUAUUGUAUGUGUUCUGUCUGUGGAACAAAUGAUCAGUCCAUCGGUCUUGUUCUUUAUUUAACUGCCGGUGAGAUUAAUUGUUGGACAAAUGAAAAGACUCGUGGGCCUGCCAUUGAUAUAUUUGUUAAAUUUUAUCUCUCAAAUCUAAUUAAAGGUUGUAAAAAGCCUAUGUUAAUUUCGACUGGUAACAUUAACCAUGGCUUAACUGAAUUCACAAACGCACCUGUAAAAUAUUGUUGCAUAAAAUUGCAAGGAUAAAAAUAACAAACUUACUUCAAUGAAAAAUGAAUUGCAGUUUGUUUUAAAGUCAUUGAUAAGGAAAAAAUGGUUAUUUUAAAACAACCCAAAUGUUAAUCAAAUUGGGCUCUUAGUAAAAACUGUUAUUGUUCCAUUUAACAUGUAACAGACCGUAUGCUUUAAAACUUACUUUUUCUUUAUGGCGUGAUUCUGUGUGUUUCGGGCCAGGUGUUUUAAACCCAAUAUAUAUCAUCUACACAGCAGAAAGACGAUCAAUCCGUAGGACUAGUAUUUUGUCUAAAUGUAAAUAAAAUAUGACAAAGCACAUUCCAAACAGUCAAUGUAACGUUUAAAUACUUACUUAGCUAGUUUUUGUAUUUUCUUCCAACCGGCACUGCUCAGGUCAACCUUUUAGUGGCAUGACUGUGUUCUAAGUUAGAAAAAAAGCAUAAAUGUUAUGUAAUAAAAAUGUAUGUAUAUCCUGGUAAAAUAUUUGCCAUCUAGUUAUUUUGUUUUCAUUGAAUCCUAUUUCAAUUUAGGAUUAACUUACAAUAUAUACAGCAUUUUUUUAAAUAUUUAACAAGAGUAAAUAAGAAAAUUCUUGUUUCCACAAUACGUGAAAAGCAAAUUACUAUUGGUAAACGCAUUAUGACACCAACUCUGCAACUGGAAUAUUUAAACUGUAUACUCAAGGUUUAUAUAAAAUGCAGCUGUAUCAAUUCAAGAAAACCUACCCGAUAGUUAGUGCAGUUUAUUGUAUAGAUUUCUUUCUACGAACUAGUAUAACUAUAGGAAGACAUGUCAAAAGCAAAAAAAAAUCAACAAACUCUUGUGGAAAUACAGAUGGAUGAUGUUUUAGAGAUACAUCUGUUUGUAGUGCCCCGCAUUUCAAUGUUUUACAUUUUUUGUUAAUAUUACUUGAAUCAAAUUUUCACCAUUGUUAUCAAGCAAACAUGAUAAACAAUGUUUUUCUUAAAAUAUAGUUUUAUUCCAAACGGUGUUAUUAUAGAGAUAUG